AUGCACCCCCUCAAGGAGGAGUUUAUCAGCACCAGCACCCAACAGACAUACAACAUCUAUACAAUUGGUCGCCAUCCCGCCCGAACCUCGUGGCAGUCUGCACCUCAGCCCACCAACAACCCCUCAUCUUCAGCGAGAACAAAUCCAACCAAUCUCCAAGUUGGGCUAGCGACGCAGGUAUCUGCCGGGCAGUGGGGUUGGCAUCGUCAGGAAGGAAUCAGCGAGGAUUGA